AUGGAAACGAUUAAGUCAGCCAUUGCAGAGAACUUCGGAGGCAAAGCCCACGUACUCGCCUCGAAAGCCGAGCAGUUCGAUAUCAAGAAAGAUGUGCCAGAUCUAUCCGGCAAGGUCGCGCUGAUCACAGGCGGCAGCGAAGGGGUCGGCUAUGCGACAGCCUUCACACUACUCCAGGCGAACGUGUCCAAAGUCUUCAUCGUCUCGCUGUCGGAAGAAGUCAAAGACAGCGCCGUAGAGGAGGUCAAGAACCAGCUGGGCACCGAGUACGCCGACAAGAUCGUCUGGUUUCAAUGCGACAUGUCUGACCUUGCCGCCGUGGCCGAGGCGGCGAAGCAAAUACGCAGCCAGACCGAUCGCCUGGACAUCUACUGUCAAAACGCCGCACGGGGGGUCAUGACGUACCAGCUGACCGAGUCCGGUAUCGACAGGCACAUGGCGGUCAACCACAUCGGACACGUUGUCCUGACCUCGCAUCUGCUCCCGCUGCUCAAGAAAACCAGCGAAGAAAAGGGCACGGUGCGGAUCCAAAUUCAGGCGUCCAACGCACACCAGGCGGCGCCGAAAGACGUGGCAUUCGCGUCUCUGGACGAGCUCAACACCGACUUGGGCCCAAAUGGCCAAUACGGCCGGUCAAAGCUCGCGGGGAUCCUGUACGCGCGGUACCUGACAGAGCACCUGCACAGGGAACACCCGAAGAUUCUGAUCAACGCGACGCACCCAGGCUUCGUGGAGACCAAGAUGUCAACGCAGGAUAUCCACGAGCCGUAUCCCGUGGCGGGCUAUGCGAUGGAUGUGGGCUUGAAGCCGUUCAAGAAGGAUAUCUGGAUGGGCUGCGUGAGUACCGUGUUCGCGGCCACUAGGGUGACCAAGUCGGGGCUGUAUAUCUGCCCGCCGGCGAUCGGGGAGCCUGGUAGUGAGGCGUCGCAGAAUCAGAAGUUGCGAGAGCAGUUGAUGAAACUGACCAGGGAGAUUGUAAGAGAGAACUUUGGCGAGCUGAGUGUUGACAAGGGAUGUCCCUUGAAGGAUUAUUAG